UUAGAGGAGAACAAACGGCUGAGGGGGGAGAGGGUGGAAGAUGGCACUGUAACGGUGGACAAGCCGUUGUAUGAGAUUUUGAAAGAGCAGAAGGAGAAGAAAGAAGCGGAGCACAAGGAGAAAUUCAAAAACCGCCCACCAAGGGCAUUGGAUGAGGACGAGCUGGAGUUUCUUGAAGCAGUGGAGCAGAAGAAGAGGGAGGACGAGAAGGAGAAGGACGAUGAAGACAGGCGUGCACUCACAGAGUUUCAG